AUGGAUAAAACAAAUUUCAGUAGCAAGGGAGAUAACUUACUAGCAUAGGCUGAAAAAAAACUUAAGGGCGGUUUUUGGAAAAAUCUGACAACAUCUAAAUCAGAUAGAAUGGAUGAAGCUAAAGACUUGUAUUAAUAAGCAGCAAAUUGCUAUAAACUAGCUUAAAAAUGGGAAGAAGCUGUUGCCUGCUACAUUAGAUGUGUUGAGUGUGAACAAGAAGAGGGAGAUACUGCCUAAUAUUACCUUGAAGCUGCUCACUGCAUGAAAAAGAUAAACACAAAUAAGUUCUUAGAGUAUUCUGAAAAAGCGAUUCAUGCUUAUUGUAUGGGUUCUAGAAUAUCUUCAGCUGCCUCACUGGCAAAAGAAUGCGCUGAAAAACUUGAUGAAGAUCAUGACUACGAAGAAGCCAUAAAGUACUAUGAGAAGGUUGCAGAACUUUAUUUGACAGAUGAGUAACCCACUAAUGCAAAUCAAGCUUUAGUAAAGGUUGGUGAUUUAAUUGUUCUUACAAGAGAUUACAGCUAAUUAGUCAAAGCUAUAAAGAAUUAUGAAAAAGUGGCCUAAAAAUACUUAAAUACCCCUCUAAUAAAGACUAAUGCUAAAGAUUUGUUUUUUAAGGCUGCAUUGUGUUACUUUGCCAAUGAUGAUCUCGUAGGUGCUAAACGUGCGAUUCAAAACUACCGUAUUGAUGAUCCUAACUUUGAUGGCUCAAGAGAGGAAGAACUUCUUUGUGACAUUAUUACAGCAGUAGAGUCAUAAGAUCAACCUCUUUUUACAAAGAAAGUAUCCUAGUUCACUAAAAUGACACCUUUCGACAAGGUUAAAAAUCAACUUAUGGUUAAGAUUAAAGAAAUAUAUCUUCCUGAGGCUAACUCUAUAGGUGGAGUAAUCAACUCACUUAAUAAGCUAGAUUUCACAGGAGGAGAAUCUAAUCAAGCAAAAUCUAAAAAGUAAGAUAAGGAAGAAGUGGAAUUCAAACCAAAGUCUGGCUUAGAUUUUACAUGA